AUGAUGAUGGUCGCUCAUUUUCUCCCUGCACAGAUUCCAUCGCGGUCAAAUUCUUUGACUACAGAGCACUCGUUCGAUCUUUCACGCCCUCCGUGGUUCUCCUCUCUUGGCCGCGUCGGAUCGGCUCGGCGUCGAACGGUUCACCCUAAAGCGGCCGUCAAAGAGCGACCGUCGCCCAAAUCAAAACCAAGGCCUUCACGCCGUCGCACCACCCUCAUCCAAAAGCUGGCUGGUCCACGGGAAAACGCGAAGCGAUUUCUUCGCCUACGCUCCGCUGGGGUAAAUACAUCGACACCCGCGGCAUCGCCGUCUCCUCCACCAGCGCCACAACCCCGUUUGAACCCUCGCCGAACGGGCCCCCGCCCGGUAUCUGAGGUCAUCCUGCCCUCGCCACGCUCAAGAGAAGCCCCGCGGUUCUACGAGGAAGGUGAUAUGCGCUCCGAUCCCCUACCUAUGUCCGGUGACGUCCUCGCACGAACGAUGCCCGACCGUACAUUCACUGCCUCGGAGACCUCUGCGCCGUUUGUGCCUCUUCCCAAUGAGAAGAUUGUCGCAACGGGCAGCGGCCUCACCGUGGGUAUUAGCCUGACGGAGCCGGUUCUCUUCCUACAAGGUUACGAUCAACACGAUCCCAGCACGAAAAAAUCAGCCAUCCUGCGAGGCCAGCUUCACUUGAAAGUGACCAAGUGUGUCAAGAUCAAGAAAAUUUCCAUCUGCUUCCGCGGCCAUGCGCAGACUGACUGGCCAGACGGAAUUCCCCCCAAGAAGAUACAUUUCCACGACAAGAAGGACUUAUUCACACACGGCGUCAUUUACUUCAAUCACGGCGAUACCGCACUCAUGCAAAAUGACUAUGGCGCGCACUUUUAUCAACACGCAAAGCCCGGAUCACCCACACCCGGAAAGGAAGGGGUUCACGCAACGACACGAGAGCUUUUAUCGAAGAGCGGAUCGAACACGUCGCUAAGUCUUCUGACCGCAAAAGAUGCGAUGCGCUUGUCAAUUCCAAGCAGUCGGGGCCAUUCGCGAAGCUUUAGCCGAAAUGAAGCACCGGUCACCUCUCACACCCCCCCGCAACGUAACUAUCGCAUGUUCCCUGUUGGAGAUUACCUGUACAGCUUUGAGUUCCCCAUUGAUGGCUCACUUCCCGAAACUAUCAAGACCGAUCUGGGUUUUGUUCGAUACGACCUUGAGGCCAUUGUGGAACGCUCGGGUGCAUUCCGGCCCAACCUGCUUGGGACGCUCGAAAUUCCCGUCAUUCGCACUCCGGCGGAAGGCUCACUCGAGCAGGUUGAGCCCAUCGCCAUCUCACGUAACUGGGAAGAUCAGUUGCAUUACGAUAUUGUCAUCUCGGGCAAAUCUUUUCCGUUGGGCUCCCAGAUUCCAAUUGCUUUCAAAUUGACACCUCUAGCGAAAGUCGAAUGUCACCGCAUCAAGGUUUACGUGACGGAGAAUGUCCAGCACUGGACUGUCGACAAGACAGUGCAUCGCUUACAGCCAGCAAAAAAAGUACUCUUGUUCGAGAAAAGGGCCGAGUCUGCAAGUACCAGCACUUACCCCGGCAGUUCCAUGCGUGUGACUGCUGGAGGCGGAAUCGACUGGGACCAUCGUGCGGCUGCUGCGCGCGGUGAAGAAAUCGUGGAGCGCGGUCGAACCAAUCUCUUAGGCAACUUGAACUCGGAGGUCGGCGUGGGACCCACUGAGAUGGAGUUCAGCGUGCAGUUGCCGAGUUGUCACGAAAUGAAGGCUCGUGAUGAGGCCCAGCGUUUGCACUUUGACACUACAUAUGAAAAUAUUCAAAUCAACCACUGGAUAAAAAUCGUCCUUCGUCUGUCCAAAGUUGAUGAGCGCGACCCCACCAAGCGCAGGCACUUUGAAAUCUCCAUCGAUUCGCCCUUCCACAUACUCUCCUGCAAAGCAACUCAGAACAACAUCUUCCUUCCAGCAUACACGCGUCCAGCGGCGGAUCCCACACCACCGGCGCAAGAAAACGAGUGCGGCUGCCCUGGUGCGCCUCCCACAACACGGGAGAACAACUAUAUCCAGACUAUUUCGGCUCGCGAAGAUGCUGCCUCCAACAUCCAACGGCCCGGGUCUAUCGCACCCGUGUCGCGCAGCUUCACGAACGGCUCUGGCGGCCUUGCUCGCCCUCCCCAGGCUCAUCUGGCUCACGAGCCAACUGCAGACCGGGAAGCGCCCCGUCCCAUACAUCUAGUCCGUGCUCCGUCAUUUGCACCACCCGCCUUUGAGGACUACACCAGCAUUGUGGGGGAUAACGAUCGAGAGGCAGUGCUUGAGGAUUACUUUGCGCGACUGUCGUACUACGAAGACCAAGACGACGAUCGGGGCCUUGGCCGUGUCGAUGUACCUCUUACUCCCGGACGACGAGUCAACCGCAGCAUGGACGUUCCGCGAGAGUGGGUUCGCCUGGAAGAUUUCUCAGCACCGUCAUAG